UCCGUCUCAGCCGUCGCGCUCGACCCGGCGUUGGUCAAAUACAACAAUAUGGUGACCAAUCGACACAAGUACUUCAGGUGGACUGGUCGGACUGCGAGAAUUACCUUUGCGUACAUGAUUGCGUUCCCGGCUUUGAUAGGGUAUAUCGCAUAUAAAUACGAGGGAAAGUUUGAGAUGAGGGGAAAGCGUAGAGGUGAUACGAUUGUGGAAUAUUAA